AUGUUCAUCAUUAACUGGUUCUGGGAUGUUCUCGCACAGCUCGGUCUGUUGCACAAGAACGCCAAAAUUCUCUUCCUUGGUCUUGACAAUGCUGGCAAGACGACAUUGUUGCACAUGCUCAAGAACGACAGGCUUGCAACACUGCAGCCUACUCUUCACCCAACUUCGGAGGAGCUGGCAAUUGGAAAUGUGAAGUUCACCACGUAUGACUUGGGUGGACAUCAGCAGGCCCGCCGCCUGUGGCGCGACUACUUCCCCGAGGUUGACGGUAUCGUCUUCCUGGUCGAUAGCGCUGACUUCGAGCGUUUCUCUGAGUCGAAGGCUGAGCUCGAUGCCCUUCUUUCCAUUGAGGAACUCUCGAAGGUUCCCUUCCUCGUUCUCGGGAACAAGAUUGACGCCCCUGGUGCUGUCAGCGAAGAGGAGCUUAGACAUCACCUUGGUCUGUACCAGACCACGGGCAAAGGCAAGGUACCUCUCAGUGAUAUCCGACCUAUCGAAAUCUUCAUGUGCUCGGUCGUUCAACGUCAAGGGUACGGAGAAGGUUUCCGCUGGAUCUCGCAAUACAUUUGA